AUGGCGCAGAGUUGGUCUCAAUCAGAAGAAGUUGCAUCUAUGCAGCAGUUGCUGCAACAGUUGUUGCAGCAACAAAAAGAACAACAACAACAGCAGCAGCAGCACCAAGAAGAAGUCCAACAGAAGUUGGACUUCCUUUAUGGCGAGCUGCAAAAAUAUAAAGAGCAGCAGCAGCUGGUGCAACAACCACAGCAGUCACAGCAGCCACAGGCAAAACGUAAAAGAAAAAAAGAGGUGCCGGCCGCGCGCGAGCCCGCUGGCGAGCCCAGCGAGCCUUUCAAGGUAUUAGCCGAGGGGGAGGUCGAAGCCAAGACAGCGGACGAGGUGGCGGCCGAGGUGCCGACCGAGGUGGCGGCCGAGGUGCCGACCGAGGUGGCGGCCGAGGUGGCGGCAGAGGUGGCCUCACGGCUACUGGCGAAGGUCCACGUAAAAAAACCUAACGCGCUAUUAGUGGCACUUCAUGGGUAG